CAUCGAUCCGUGAUAGGCUGGGACGACGAAUGAAAUCACCUGACCCAACCUGUGCCUUUCUACUUACCAUGUAACUCCUGCGGCCCAUAACGUUCCAAGGUUUUGACUCAGAGAUGCCUCCUCCCACGAGAGUUAGGAAGGAAAAGACGAGGUUUCCUUUCGGUUGUCGUAUCAAUCAUCUCCAGUGAUUUCUGACAAUCCAGGGGUCCUAUAUUAUCUAACCGUAGAGUUGAAGAGCACCGAGACGGUCGCCAACGUUAUCUGGCCUUAUCAGGUGCAGCCGUCAGUCUAACCCUUGUCAGCUGUUCAACCAAAGUGACCCCAUAUCAUUUCGAGAUCGAUGUAACUGACUGUUACUACCCAUCAGACAAGCCGGAACCUACUGGGCUGACUGCCUUUGCAUGUCUGGGCGCCGUCAGAGCGAUGUACUGGACUAUCACAACCGCACUCAAGCUUUGUCUGAUUCAAUGCAACUGCAGGGCCAAUAUAGACUUCUCGUGAAGUGUCGUCUGCCGGCAAGGACAAAGUUUUGGGACCGUUUCAUCUUUUCUUGCUAGUAGAGACGAGUCGAUCGCUCCAACAGGCGGAGGUUAAGAUCAGCCCGUAAGCACGCACUUUUAAAGCUACCUGCCAAAGCGAGGAAGAGAGUUUGACGGGGUGAUCUGGGUCUCUCCAUGCAGAGACCAUAAGCAUUCUGUAGACCUCGCCAAAUCGCGGGUUGGGUUCCGACCCCCAACCCAAAACCCGCCAAGAGAAAUAAAUGACAGUAAUAUAUACGCAAAUCACAUAGAAAUCCUUACAAAAGAUCCAAUAUUUCAAAUGUAUUCAUGUAUAUAUGAGGUUGUGGGUUCUUGGCAGGUUUCCGG